AUGACUCUGCCGCGUACUCCUAAAAGCGGGAAAAGGAAGAAGAAGAACACGCCCAAGAAGAAUCCAGAAGUGGAAGAACACGAAAGCGGUGACGACACGGAAAAAGAAGUGACCCCGGUAAAGAAGCAACUGGAAGAGCAGCGUCGGAAGCAGAAAAUUCGAGAAAUGGAGGAGCAACUCAACGCACUUGUUCGACAGCGGGAGGCGAUGGAGAGCAAGCUGAAGCGGUUGCAGACGGCGCUCAAGACCAGCGUGGCUGCGCCGAACCCGAACUUGCGCAACGGACACUUCUUGAAGCAGCAAUUAAGCAACGCGAGAGACUGCUUCUCGAAGUUUGGUGAGUACCAGGGUCAAAUCCACGCGAUGCCUCUGAACGCAGACCAACGAACGCUACACGAAAGAAGCGAGCUGAACUUUGAGACGUUGUACGACAAGGUGUGCAUCGAUCUCAACGAAUACCUCGAGAGACUCGAGAAACCUGGGGUCGCUGCUCUAGUUCCGGCAGCUCCUACCAACGUCGGUGUGCAGCAGGUUCUUCCGCCGUUGAGUGUACCACUCCCGAAGUUCGACGGCACGUUUGAGACAUGGUACUCGUUUAAGUCUAUGUUCCAGAACAUAAUGGCACGAUACACAAACGAGGCACCAUCAAUCAAACUGUACCACCUCCGGGACGCACUGAUUGGAAGGGCAGCCGGCGUGAUUGACCAGGAGAUGGUCAAUAACAAUGACUACGACGCGGCGUGGGCUCUUCUUGAGGAGUUGUAUGAGGACAGACGGGCGAUCAUCGAACGGCACAUUGAGAACAUCUUCGCCAUGCCAAAGAUCACCCGCGACAACACCGCCGAGCUUCGAAAAGUGAUUGACGUCUGCGUGAAGAACAUCGAAGCUCUCAAGAAGUUGAACCUUCCAGCCAACGGACUAGGGGAGCAGAUGGUAGUUAGCCUGCUGGUCUCGAGAAUGGACAAGGACAUGCGCAGAGCAUGGGAAGCAAACCAGAAGGCGGGAGAGUUGCCGACCUACGAGGCCACGAUCGUGUUCUUGAAGGAGAAGCGCAGAAUCGCGGAUAAGCUGGAGCAGAACAGUGAAAGUGAAAAAGUGAAACCGCAACGGUCGGUAACAAAAACGAAGACCCUGGUGGUGGCCAGCGAAGGGAAGUGUUCAGUGUGCAACCAGGACCAUGAAGUGUUAAAGUGUGAACAGUUCAAGCAGAAAAGUGUGAACGAGAGGUACAGCCACUUGCGGAAGCAUGGCCUGUGCUUUAAUUGUCUGAGGAAGGGGCACCGCACCGAUGGGUGCACGUCGACGAACUCGUGCCAGAAGUGCAGCAAGCGGCACCAUACCCUGCUUCACACCGAUGGGCCAAAGAAGCAAGAACCGGCUGCAAACACGGUGUCAACGGUCAGCGCAGAAGGCCGCACUCAAUCCGUUCCACCGGCCACGGCGGGAUCGUCCCAGGCUGGCCAAGAACCAUUUCGUGACCGAGCGCUUCGCCAACCUGUUGGCGAGCAAAAGGAACGGGCUGAUUACCGAGUCAGCGGAUUGAACGGGGGAACGACCAGAAUCAGUCACCUGGUGCGCGCGAAGGUCAAGUCCCGCGUUGGCAACUUUGCUGCCGACCUCGAGCUCCUGGUGGCGCCGAAGAUCACUGGCGACGUGCCGGUGAAGACGAUCGACAUCGCUGGGUGGAACCUGCCACCAGAUGUUGAACUUGCGGAUCCCAACUUCAACCAGCGAGGCCGGGUUGACAUGCUGCUCGGAGCAGGCAUAUUCUGGGAUCUUGUGAAGGCUAAACGAAUCACGCUGGCGGCGAACCUCCCAUCGCUCAGAGACACGGAACUGGGCUGGGUGGUCGGUGGCGUGAUGUCUGAAGGAACACCAGUGAUCGCACGUACGUUCUGCACCGUGAACGAAGACGAAGAGCUGAACAAGCUGCUGAACCGGUUUUGGGAGAUCGAAGGAGUUGAAGAUCUGCGGCGACCGGUGACGUCGACAGCUGAAGAGUGUCUCGAGCACUUCCGGAGCACGUACAGUCGGAAGCCAGACGGGAGGAUUGUUGUUCGUCUCCCGUUCAACGAGCGCAAGAGGGACCUGGGCGUGUCACGAGAGAUGGCGAUCCGUCGGUUCCUGAACCUCGAGCGGCGGCUUGAUCAGCAACCCGACCUGAAACAAGAGUACGCCAAGUUUAUUCACGAGUACGAGCAGCUUGGACACAUGAAGGAAGUCGAUGUCGCACCGUCCGAACCACCUGGAUCCGCGUACUACCUGCCGCAUCACUGCGUCUUGCGGCCCAGCAGUACAACAACGAAGUUGAGAGUCGUGUUUGACGGCUCUGCGAAAACGUCGACUGGAGUGUCCAUAAACGACGCGCUGAAGGUUGGCCCUACGGUACAAAACGACCUGCUGUCGAUCCUGCUGAACUUCCGCUGCUACCGUUACGUCUUCACCACGGACAUCCCGAAGAUGUUCCGUCAGAUUGAGCUGCACCCCGAUGACACGCCGUACCAGCGCAUACUUUGGCGUGACGACCGAUCGCAGCUGUUAAAGGUGUUCGAACUCAAGACGGUGACUUACGGCCUGGGGUCAUCUCCGUUCCACGCGACGAUGGCGUUGAACCAGAUUGCGGAGGAUGGCGAGAAGGAGUUCCCGUUGGCCUCGGCGGCAUUGAAGAAAUCGUUCUACGUGGACGACGGACUCUGCGGAGCGCAGAGUGUGGAAGCAGCCCGAUUGCUGAGUCGAGACUUGCGCAAGCUGCUGAACACCGGCGGAUUCGACGCGCACAAAUGGUGCGCAAACGAUCCAGCGAUUCUCGAGGAAGUCCCGGAGAUCCUCUGGGGAACAACGUUCGACUUGAAGGACGCGGCUGCCAAGUCGGUCGUGAAGACGCUGGGUGUGGCAUGGAACGCGUCGCAGGACUGGUUCACCUUCACCGUGCUGCCCCCCGAGGAGGAGACGAAGCCGCUGACGCGGCAGAAGGUGCUCAGCGAAAUUGCCAAAUUCUUUGAUCCACUUGGCCUGGCUGGUCCGGUGGUGACAACUGCGAAGCUGAUCUUGCGGAAGGUCGGCACGUUGAAGAACAUCGGCUGGCUUGACCCGGUUCCGGAUAGUGUGGCCAACGAGUGGCGUCGAUUCCGGGAGCAGCUGCCUGCACUGAACGACUUUCGGGUCUCCCGGUGGGUCUACGACGAAAGAGCAGAACGCGUGGAACUCCACGGUUAUUCCGAUGCGUCGGACGAUGCGUACGGCGCGAGCGUGUACGCACGCAACAUUUACCCGGAUGGCGAUAUCACGAUGCGGCUGAUUUGCAGCAAGUCAAAGCUCCUCCCGAAGAAGGUCAAGAACGUCCCGAAAGAAAUCAGCACUCCAAAGGGCGAACUUGAGGGUGCGCUGCUUCUCGCUGAACUGGUUGACAAGCUGGUAAACGCCGUCGAUGUUUGCUUCGAUUCGGUGAACUUUUGGUGCGACUCGCAAGUGGUGCUGAGCUGGAUCGCGAAGAAGCCCGACGACCUGGAACUGUUUAUGGCCAACAGAGUGAGGAAAAUCCAGCAGCUGACCAGCAAGUACCGGUGGGGAUACAUUCCGACGGAUGACAAUCCUGCCGACCUGAUUUCGAGAGGCGUGAUGCCCCAGAACCUGAUCAAGCGGGAGAUUUGGAAGGACGGGCCGGUGUCGAUGAACAGUCGCACUAUCGAGAUAGUGCAGCCCCCUCUUCUCGACGGCGCAGAACUUCCAGGAUUGCGAUCCACGAAGUGUCUGGCGCUAGCGGCGCCGAUUGAACGAUUGCGGAUCUUUGACAAGCUCGGGGAUUUCCGUCGACUGCUGCGCAGCAUGAGCAUUGUGGUGCGGUUUGCGAACUACAUCAUCUCAAGAAGGAAGGUUGUGGCGUUCCACACCGAGCUGCUGGCGUUGAAGGAGAACCACUCGCACCGUUUGCGAGGACUGAACCCGUUCAUCGAUCCUGACGACGGCCUUCUGAGAGUUGGCGGUCGAAUCAAACAAGCUUUCGUGCCGUACGACAGCCGGCACCAGAUCCUGAUGCCUGCCAAGCACCCUGUCACGGAAUCGUUUAUCCGCUACGAGCACGUGAAGAACCUCCACGUGGGCCAGAAGGGCCUGCUUGCGCUGAUACGCCAACGCUUUUGGCCGAUGAACGUCAAGACGACUAUCCGGAAGGUGAUUCGAGGGUGCGUGACGUGCUUCCGAGUUAAUCCAAUGAAGACGGCCCAGCUGAUGGGAGACCUCCCGUCCUACCGAGUACAACCGGCCCCUGCGUUCUUCCACACCGGUGUCGAUUUCGCAGGACCGUUUCUGAUCAAGUCGCUGACCGCAGCACGAAGGCCGAUGAUGACGAAGGGGUACGUGUCCCUCUUCGUGUGUAUGAGCACGCGAGCUAUACACCUGGAGCUGGUCUCAAGUCUCACGACGGAUGCCUUCCUCGCCGCCUUGCGGCGGUUCACUGGACGUCGAGGCCUGGUGAACAAGAUGCACUCCGACAACGCAACCAACUUCGUUGGGUCGGAGACCGAGCUCGAGCGACUGGCCAAGUUGUUCGCCGAGGAGCAGCACAUCGAAAGGGUGGAGGAGUUCUGCAGCAGCCACGGAAUCACCUGGAGCUUCAUCCCGCCGCGCAGCCCGCACUUCGGUGGGAUCUGGGAAGCUGGGGUGAAAUCGGUCAAGCAUCAUCUAAAACGAGUAGUAGGCAACCAGAAACUCACCUUCGAAGAGCUGACUACCGUGCUGGUGCAAAUUGAAGCCGUGCUGAAUUCGCGGCCCUUGACGCCGUGCUCGGACGACCCGAACGAUUUGACCGCAGUGACUCCAGCACACUUUUUGAUCGGGCGAGAGAUGCGCGCGGUUCCCGAGCCGUCCUAUCUCCACCUGAAGCAGUCGGCGCUGUCCCGCUGGCAACACGUGCAGGCAAUGCAGCAGCAGUUCUGGAAGCGGUGGAUUGCGGAGUAUUUGCCGGAGCUGCAGAACCGCCAAAAGUGGUUCAAAAACACCAAGAUCCAGCCGGGCGCUUUGGUGCUGAUCAGCGACCCGAACGCUCCGCCGAUGCAGUGGCAACUUGGUCGAAUCAUCGCGCUGCAUCCCGGAAAGACGACGUCACCAGGGUGGUGA